AGAAAUAGCAAUAUGAACGAAUAGAUAGUUUACAUAGACGACUUCGCCAUCGAUACAUAUUAGUUGUUGGGUUAAGGAGCAUGCGGUAAAGUCUUUUCUGCAAACAGAAAAAAUGAUCCGAAAUAAUAUUGUGCCAAAGUAUGAUUUAUCAAAUUAACAUUUAGAUCGUGAACGCAAAUUCUUAAAAUGUCUAAAAAGAAUUAGAUAUUUUGAAUUAUAUGAAAAACAAGCAAAAUGAGAAUAUCGUUAAUGUGUAUUACAGCAACUUCGUUCCAGAAAGAGGAUUUUUUGUUAUUAUCAUGGAAAAAUGUGAUUCAGACUUAGAAAAGGAAAUUAAAGCCAGAUAUUAAUAACAACGGAGAUAUUCAGAACAAGAAGCCAUUGAAAUAAUGAAACAAUUAUUUAAUGGAUAUAGAGUACUUUAUCAAAGUCAGGUCAUCCACAGAGAUAUAAAACCAGCCAACAUAUUGACUUCAUAAGGAAAAUAUAAAGUAAUAAAUACAAAUAUUUUUAGAUUGCUGAUUUCGGAGUGGGCAAGAUUUAUUAAUCAGAUUAGAAUUUGUUAAAUAUCACAAAGAAUGGAACACCUGUAUAUAAAGCACCUGAAUUAUAAGGAAAUUAUGAAUACUCCACAAGUAAGAUUUAUUUUUGAUUGUUGUUUAGCUGAUAUAUUGUAUAUUUAAGGAAAUCCACCAAGAUUCUCAACUAAUCCCUCACCCUUACAAGGCAGCACUAUGUAAUAGGGCAUCAUGCAAAUGGGCACUAUGCAAUCGGUUAAAAUUUUUAUUAACUUUUUAGAAUGCUCCAUUCAAAGGAACAUUUGAUGACAAAGAGAAAAAAGUAAAGUUACUCCACAAGGUCGAUAUUUAUUCAGUAUAUAUAAUAACUAAUCUAAUAGUUUGGAAUUCUAUUUUAUCAUCUUUUAACAGGUUCAUAUCCUUUUGAUUUAUCAAUGGCUGGGAUUAAUGACUUUAUCUAAAGAUUAAGGAUUUCUCCUUUUAAGAUCCCUCCUCAAUAUAAUAUUUCUUCAAGUACUUGUUAAAUGGUCGAAAGAAUGAUUACUUAUUCUCCUGUUGAAAGAAUUGAUUUCCCAUCACUCAUUUAAUGUUAUGGGUUAAGACUUGGAACUAUGUACAAUAGAGAAAGCACUAUUGUGCUUCCUGUCAAGCCAGCCUCUGUCACAUUUAAUCCUGCAAAGAUUGUAAUGAUCCUACCUUAAAAGAGUGUCCAGGAUUGGUUUUAAUAAUAUAGAGUUUUGUUCUUUGAAAAAUGGUAUGAUAUUUAAUGUAAGAAAAUAGUUGUGAAAGUUAAAAUGUGAUUCCAAUAUACAGAAAUUAUUGCGAUUUAUGUCUGAAUCUGGCUAUUUUGCAAUUUGAAUAAACAAUAUCUAUAGAAUAAAUAACUGAUUAUAUAGUAAAGUAUCAACAGGCUAACAAAUGUGAUAUAGAAUUCAAAAUAGAGGCUAAGUUGGAUAGAAUAUUUUAUAUUCAAGAAUUUUGUAGAGUAUUACAAAACUAAUUCAUACCUAAAUGUUUUGAUUACGAACAGAUUAAAACUUAUGGAGAAUCACAUCUAAGGUUUAUGUUUAUCUCUUCGAAAUUAUUAAAGGGAUAUUACAACAUUUAAGCCUUAUUAGGCAUUCAACCACCUAAUUAUAAUGCCUUCAAAGAUCUGAUUUCAAAAGAUAAUGGUUUAACUAAAGAAUAGUAUAGGCAAUAUUUAGAUGAUUAAUUUUGAAGUAUAAAUAAUUAAAAUAGAUAUAUUUGUGAU